AUGGCGUCCACAUCGUCGGCAUCCCCGCUCCUGCCCGCCGCGCAUGCGCAGGACUCACUCGCCUCAAAGUCCCCAGCACAGUAUGGCUCUGUGCCCGCAGCGCCCCGGACAAGGCCCUCGUUCCUGCGGUCGCUCAGUCCCUCGCACCUCGGCCUCUGUAUGCUCCUCGCCUCGCAGGUGCUCACCUCGGUGCAGGCAACCGUCACCCGCUACCUCGCCAUCUCGCUGCCCGCAGGAAGGCACUACCACGCCUUCGAGGUGCUGUUUGCCCGCAUGAGCAUCACGCUCAUUGGAUGUCUGGUCUGGAUGUGGUGGAACAAGGUGCCGCACGCGCCGUUUGGCAGGCGGGAUCUGUGGCCGCUGCUGAUUGCCCGGGGGUGCGGUGGGCUGGUCGGUGUCUAUGGCCUCUACACCAGCCUCUCCUACCUGCCCAUGCCCGACGCCGUGGUGCUAACCUUCCUCGCGCCCUUCGUCGUCGGCUACGCCUGCUCCAAGAUCCCCUCCCUGCACGAACCCUUCACCCUCCGCGAGAAGCUCGGCGGCCUCGUCUCCCUCGCCGGCGUAACCCUCAUCGCCCGCCCGUCGUUCCUCUUCCCCGUGCCCCACGACCACAUGGCCCCCUCCUCCGCCAUCCCGCCCCCCGAGAUCACCCCCGCGCAGCGCCUCUACGCCGUCUCCAUCGGCCUGGUGGGCGUGCUGGGAGCUGCCACGGCGUACACCACCAUCCGCUGGAUCGGCGCGCGCGCGCACCCGCUGAUAUCGGUGGCGUAUUUCAGCGGGCUGGUGACGGUCGUGUCGGUGGUUGUGCUGGUGGCGGUGCCGAGCACCGGCGGGUUCGUGGUGCCGCAGGGGCGGCUGGAGUGGGGGCUGCUGGGCGGGAUCGGGGUGUCGGGCUUUGCGAUGCAGUAUUUGUUGACGAGGGGGUGGCAGUUGGUGAAGGGGGCGAGGGCGGGCAUGAUUGUGUAUACGCAGAUGGUGUUUGCGGUGGUGGGCGAGUGGCUGGUGUGGGGCGGGGUGCCGGACUGGCAGAGCUGUGUGGGCGGGGCGAUGGUGGUGGGGAGUGCGGUGGUGGUGGCGUUCUGGAAGGAGAAGGAGGGCAAGGGGGCGGGGAAGAAGGCGGAGGAGGAGGAGCAGGUGGUGGUGGUGGUGGUGGAUGAGGAGACGGGGCUGCUGGCGGAGGAUGAGUAG